CCAGCCGCGGAGACGGCGCUCCUGGCGGCACCUGCGCCCGGCAGGCGGCCGGCCCUGCCCUGCCCCUGCCCGCGGCCGGGGCCCCGCACCGGGACACAUGGAAGCUGCCAGCCCACCAGCCAAGGAUCAGCUAAGCCCUGGGGCUGGUGCUUGCCUGCACUGCUGAGAAUGGCACCCAGGCCCAGCCAACAGAGGUGAACCCGGGACACUCCUGGGCAGUGAUCCUGAUGUCUGUUCUGAGCCGCGCACUCAAGGGUGUGAUAACAGCCAGCCCCUGUCUGCACCAUGGCUUCUGCCGAGCCCCUGACAGCGCUGUCCCGCUGGUACCUGUAUGCCAUCCAUGGCUACUUCUGCGAGGUGAUGUUCACGGCAGCCUGGGAGUUUGUGGUGAACUUGAACUGGAAGUUCCCGGGGGUCACAAGCGUGUGGGCCCUCUUCAUCUACGGCACCUCCAUCCUCAUCGUGGAGCGUAUGUACCUGCGCCUGCGGGGCCGCUGCCCACUGCUGCUGCGCUGCCUCAUCUACACGCUCUGGACCUACCUGUGGGAGUUCACCACUGGCUUUAUCCUGCGCCAGUUCAAUGCCUGCCCCUGGGACUACUCCCAGUUUGACUUUGACUUCAUGGGCCUCAUCACCCUGGAGUAUGCCGUGCCCUGGUUCUGCGGGGCCCUCAUCAUGGAGCAGUUCAUCAUCCGCAACACCCUCCGCCUCCGCUUCGACAAGGACGCAGAGCCCGGGGAGCCCAGCGGCCCCCUGGCCCUGGCCAACGGCCAUGUCAAGACUGACUGAGUAGGGAGGCUGGUGGGGGGCCUGGGGGUCUCUCAUGGAACCCAUGGACAAAGAGACCAAGCUGGUGGGGUUGCCCCUCCUGUACAGCACAAGCCUGGCCCUGGCCCUGCCUCAGCCCCGUGGGGCACCCACAGCCCCAUACCCUCAAGGGUGGGCUGGUGUUGGGGGUUGUGGCCAGGUGUUGGGGGGUGGGGUGUCAAGGCAGCAGAAAGACAUUGGGAAGGGUCCACGGAUCUCGGCCUGGCUCAGAGGCUGGUGGCAGGAGGCCUGUGGCUGAUCAAACUACAUGGUUGACUGUGGAAGCAGCAGGCCCUGUCCUGGCUAAGGGAUGUUGAGAAUGGGGCCACAGGUGGGAGGCCAGGCCUGACCUUCCUCCCUCUCACUGGGAUUUAGUUGGGCUUUGGCUGGUUCCAUUAGGCAAUAUUCAGGUGCUUGCUUGCAACCAAUACCUCCCCGGGGCCUGCUGAGCUGCAGCCUGAGCGAGACUGGGCAGCAGGGCGGCUGCUUGGCAGCAGGGCUGGUCUGCAAGGGCUGGGAGACUGUCCCGUGGCUCCUCCCCACGCUGCUCCCUUGGCCUUCUGGGGGCCCCCGUGGUGCUGGAUUCCCACCAACCUGGGGCUUUGGGAGGUUUCAAUCCCCCGUGUGUUCGGUGGCGUUUCCCCUUUUCUCUUGUUUUCAAGGCCUUUACCACUAGCGGCCCUUUGUCCAUGGUGGCCACCACCCCCACCCCAUCCCUGAGUCCCUGGCUGACACACUGCAGCUGCCAGGCAGGCCCCACUGUCAUGCAGCCUUUCCUCCACUGCUCCUGCUGGCCUGAGGCCGGGGGAGUUCCUGCAGUAUGCCUCCCCACCUCCUCCGGUCUGCUGGGCUGCAGUAGCGCCCCCUCCCCACAGUGGCCCUGCUGAAAACGAAUGACCCCCUCCGAUCAAGCUGAGAGGGUCCCUGUGGAUCCACAGUGGGGGCCUAGAGGCAAGUCAGCUAAGUGGAGAAGGGCAGAAUUCUAGGUCACCUAUGCCCUGACUGGUUUAUUUUCAAGCCGAUUGAGCAGUCUAGUUUCUAGGGGAUGGAGGAGCCGGCAUAUGGUGUUGAGAUCCAUGAAGAGCGAGUAAGGAAGAGAGAGGACCCUGCAGCCUUGGAAGGCUCUUGGAGCAUCCUUUGUGGGAAGGGGUCAGUUCUGGUUCUGCCGCAGCCCCAGCCCUGUAGCAGAACCUUCUCAGGGCUGCCGUCUCCCCAACUCCUCCCAGCGAGGCUGGCCCCUUUGAGCUUGCUCCGUAAGCAGUAUCAACCCUGCCACACUCAUGGGCUUUGUCAUCUUGGUUGCCCUUCUUGCCCCCAUGACAGGUCCAUUGCUGGCAGUGGACAGGUGAAUCCUCACUCUAGCCCACUUCUAGCUCUGCCCCCAACUCUCUGAGGGGAGGCGUCCAUCACAAAGUGGCCCAUCCCAUGGUACAUGGUCUCUUCUUGACCGCACUAGGAUUCUUAGAUAGAAAUUAGCUUUUCCCUUUUUAUAGGUCAUUAAAAAGUGACAAUACCA